CGAUGACGAGGCUGUGUGGGUACCACUUUAAAGAGACGGAUGCAGACCACGCCCUGCCUUCACCCACCGAUAGAGGGCGCUGUGGCGACCAAAGCAGGCCGAUCAGCAGCAGCUUUACCUCCCUGCCCUUCCAGCAGCAUCUCACCUUCAACCGGCCUGACGCACAUCCACCACUGCAGCCGAGAAGCAAAAUAAAAAACACGAGAGAGAGAAAGACCGCGUCAAACGAACCGACAAGAACAAUCCAGUCGGUUAUUUUAAUGAUGUAGGGGAUCGUUUUGGGGUUUGACAUCUAAUUUAGCCCGCCCGCCUCUGCGACACGGAAACACCUUCCAGCUGCGCACAAAUAAAUUGCAUCCUCUCUCAGCUUGUCAGGAUACAUCCAUCCAACCUCGCCACCGUGCUGCCAGUCCUUUUCGACGCAGAAGGACGAAGUCACUGCGCUUCCCUCGCCGUUUAUUUUGACGGUCAGAUCGGGCCCCGAGCAGCGACGGGUCGCCUCCAGCCUCCGCAGCAUCUUCUCCGCUCAGCAGAAGGCAGCAUCCUUCCUCCUCCUUGAAUCUGCGCAAUGGCCGAUGUCCCAGCGGAGUGCAACAUAAAAGUGCUGUGUCGCUUUCGUCCUCUCAACCAGUCUGAGGUCGUACGCGGGGACCAGUUCAUCCCCAAAUUCCAAGGAGACGACACUGUCCUCGUCGCGGGGAAGUCCUAUGCCUUCGAUCGAGUGUUUCCAACCAACACCACCCAGGAGCAGGUGUACAACACCUGCGCCAAGCAGAUUGUCAAGGAUGUUCUCGGUGGAUACAAUGGCACUAUCUUCGCAUAUGGACAAACCGCCUCCGGGAAGACUCACACCAUGGAGGGCAAGCUGCACGAUCCUCACCAGAUGGGUAUCAUUCCUCGCAUCGCUGAGGACAUUUUCAACCACAUCUUUGCCAUGGAUGAAAACCUGGAAUUCCACAUCAAGGUUUCAUACUUUGAGAUCUACAUGGACAAAAUCCGUGACCUUCUAGAUGUGACAAAGACCAACCUGUCUGUCCAUGAGGAUAAGAACAGGGUGCCAUUUGUCAAGGGAUGCACUGAGCGUUUUGUCUCCAGCCCUGAUGAGGUGAUGGAUGUGAUCGACGAGGGCAAAGCUGCCCGCCAUGUUGCUGUGACCAAUAUGAACGAGCACAGUUCUCGCAGCCACAGCAUCUUCCUGAUCAACAUCAAGCAGGAGCAUGUGGAGACUGAGCAGAAACUGUGUGGAAAACUGUAUCUGGUGGAUCUGGCUGGCAGUGAGAAGGUCAGUAAGACUGGAGCAGCAGGAGCCGUCCUGGACGAGGCUAAAAACAUCAACAAGUCUCUUUCUGCUCUGGGAAAUGUCAUCUCUGCUCUGGCUGAGGGCACGAAAACUCACGUGCCGUACCGUGACAGCAAAAUGACCCGCAUCCUGCAGGACUCCCUCGGUGGGAACUGUCGCACCACCAUGUUCAUCUGCUGCUCUCCCUCCAGCUACAACGACGCCGAGACCAAGUCGACUCUGAUGUUUGGACAACGUGCCAAGACCAUCAGGAACACCGCCUCCAUCAACCUGGAGCUGACAGCGGAGCAGUGGAAGAGGAAGUUCGAGAAGGAGAAGGAGAAGAACAAGACUCUGAAGGAAACCGUCCUGAAGCUGGAGACUGAGCUCAACCGCUGGAGAAACGGAGAGAAUGUGCCUGAGACUGAGCAGACCUCACCAGACGUGGUGACCCGUUUUGAGACCAUCGAGGAGCGUCCCAUUUUGGACAAUGACACCUCCUCCAUUGUUGUCCGCAUUUCCGAGGAGGAGCGGCAGAAGUACGAGGAGGAGAUCCGCAAGCUCUACAAGCAGCUGGAUGACAAGGAUGAUGACAUCAACCUGCAGUGCCAGUUUGUGGAGAAGCUGAAGCAGCAGAUGCUGGACCAGGAUGAGCUCCUGGCAUCAUCCAAGGGCGAUGGGGACAAGGUCCAGGCUGAACUCGGGAGGCUGCAAGUGGAGAGCGACUGCGCCAAAGCGGAGGUGAAGGAGGUGCUGCAGGCUCUGGAGGAGCUGGCCAUCAACUACGACCACAAGAGCCAGGAGGUGGAGGAGAAAGGCAUGCAGAACCAGCUGCUGGCCAACCAACUAUCCCAGAAAAUGGCCAGUCUGAUGGAGCUGGAGGCAGAGCUGUCUCGUAUGCAGGAGGUGAGCGGACAGCAGAGGAAACGCAUCGCUGACGUCCUCAAUGGUCUGAUGAGGGACCUCAGCGAGUUCAGCAACAUCGUAGGCAACGGGGAGAUUAAGCUGCCGGUGGAGAUUAGCGGUGCGAUCGAGGAAGAGUUCACAGUGGCUCGCCUCUACAUCAGCAAGAUCAAGUCGGAGGUGAAGAGCAUGGUGAAGCGCUGCCGCCAGCUGGAGAACAUGCAGCUGGAGUGCCACCGCAAGAUGGAGGAGACCGGAAGGGAGCUCUCCUCCUGCCAGCUCCUCAUCUCUCAGCAUGAAGCUAAGAUCCGCUCUCUGACGGAGUACAUGCAGAGCGUAGAGCAGAAGAAGAGGCUGCUGGAGGAGAGCCACGACUCCCUGAGCGAAGAGCUGGCCAAGCUGCAAGACCAGGAUAACUCCCUGCUUGAGGAGAAGGAUGGAGAGAAGGGUGAGAUUGAGGAUGGAAAUGUGAAGAAGGUUCCUCGUCAGCAGAGCGAGUCUCACCGUGGCCUCCAUCACAAGCAGCUGGCCCGCCUGCGGGAUGAGAUCAACGAGAAGCAGAGGAUCAUUGACGAGCUCACUGAUCGCAACUCCAAGCUGGAGCUGGAGCUGGCUCAGGUUCGCGCUGACUUUGAACGCCUGAAGUGUCAGGACAACACCAAGAGUGAGCGCCUGGAGGAGCUCUCAUUCCUGCAUGAGCGCCAUGAGCAGACUAAACAGGACUUGAAGGGUCUGGAGGAGACUGUCGCCCGCGAGCUCCAGACCCUCCACAACCUGCGCAAGCUGUUCGUUCAAGACCUCACGUCGAGGGUUAAAAAAAGUUCCGAAUUGGAGCCUGAUGAUAGCGGGGGGUCUUGCACCCAGAAGCAGAAGAUUUCCUUUCUUGAAAAUAACCUGGACCAACUUACAAAGGUUCACAAACAGCUGGUACGUGACAAUGCAGAUCUGCGCUGUGAGCUUCCAAAGUUGGAGAAACGUCUUCGGUCUACUGCUGAGAGAGUUAAGGCCCUGGAGACUGCACUGAGGGAUGCUAAGGAGGGCGCAAUGAUGGACCGCCGCCGCUACCAGCAGGAGGUCGACCGCAUCAAGGACGCCAUGAGGGCAAAGAGCGCCCUGAGGCGUCCCCAUGCAGCACAGAUCGCCAAGCCAGUGAGACCGAAGCAGCUGCCCGUCUGCUCUCCCACCAACCCCUUCUACACUUACAUCCGUGCCACUGAACACGCCAACACCUACAGCAACGCCCUCUUCCAGGGCAACGUGACACAGCCGAGCGCCGCCAGCGUCAACUGCAACCCUAACUCUGUCCAGAGCAACACAGUUUCCACAGCGCUGGGCUACAGAGCAGGCAGAUACACUGGAGACACACUGGAGUCCUUCCCACUCAACAUUGACAACAGUAAGACAGGUAACAGUGUCAGUGAAACGAGAGACAUCAAUGACAACAGAAGUGAUGUUCACUGUAGCAGCGAGGUGGAUGAUUCAAACAGGCACUACAUCAUUCAGCAGGAGACCGCUGCAAGUUAAUGCCAUGAAGAUGACCAAACACUGUACCUGUCCAAGGACCCUCCCCUCCCAUCUGCAUGCAGCCUGUCUCCCCGUCCCUCCACUGCAUCACUGAUAAAGAUGACGAUGAAGAUCUGUAGCCCUGUAGUCUUCAAACUAGAUGAAGCCCUUCCUGCUCCCAUGGUGACCACCCUCACCCUCAGGUUUGAGGUUCAGUCCCUUCCAGUUCAGUCAUUGCAGGACGUAAAUUAAAUCAGAAUUUGUUUUCUGUUUUUUAAAUACAGAACUUUUAAUCAACUCAUCCAUCUCUUGGCCAAUUAAUUUGUCAGCAGAUAUCAGUGAUGCUGAUUCCCUUCUAAAGGUGGUUGAACUGAACGGGGGCUGACUCCAUCCCUGAUCCUACACACAUGUUGUAAAUAAUUGUGCUGUAUACUCCAGUAGAGGUUUUCGACCAGCAACUGUUUGUGUGAAUGCACAGCCUCCACCGUCUCCUGCACACAUCUUCUUAAGGGCAUCAUGCGGAUGACAUACCGUAGGCAGACGUGACCUUUUUCUCUGUCGUAAAUAAGAGUAUAGUGUGUAACGCCAGCUUGUAACAGAAGACCCACACUCUGCAUGCAUGUCGCUUAGCGGGUUAGCUUUCAAACUUUGCAUGUGUCCUGAUUCCAGUCAGGAGCUGGUAUGCUGUGAGUGAACAGUCUGAUCGACUUUGACAGAUGUCACAGAAAGAGAGAGAGAGAGAGCUGGUUUCCCUUAAUCCUGAUCAUGGUCUCAGUGCUUCAGAUUUUCUAUUUUAAAUUAAAACUGGGUCUAUAAUAACUAGGUCUAGUUUUAAUUUAAGAGGACCUAAGGUGCAACAUGCAUCAGGGAAACCCAGCCCACACUUACAGUCUGUGUCGAGGAAACCUUUUGUAACUGUUUGAUACUGUGAUGUUGCAGCUGUAUGUUGCUGUUAUACAUUUCGGGUAUUGCUGCCCACAUCCAUUUAUUGUGGACCCCUCCCUGCAUUGCACCCGCAUCAUGUGAGUCUUCAUACGGAGCCUUAACUAGAGCGGACUUCUCAUGAUAAAACUAACACCCUGCCAUGUGCAUACAUUUGUAAUUACUACCUCUAGAGCUACUCAUUAUACGCAUAUUACAUUAAACUAACAUCCUUUCAAAGGCCGAAUAAGAGCUGAUCUUAGAGUUUUCUAGAGGAAGUUCCAACGUUAGUGCACCAAUAGCUGUAAGUAGAUUUAAAAGCUCUCAUCAGGGCAGUAGUUAUCUUCUCCUGGUGUUCCUUCAUACACAGAUUCCUCCUCUGUCAUAUAACAGCAUCAGAGCUCGUGCAAAAAUGUUCUAGUGCAGCAGAGGACCAGAAGUUCUGGCUUCACUAUAUCAGGGCAGGUCACAUUGAUAUUCAAAUAUUUUCCUAAACUUUCUGGUGUUUGAUGCAUUUAUUUUCCUUGGUACCUAGUGAGACCUAAUGUAAAGUUACAUUAAUAACAUAUGUCCCCUGUGUUAUCUGAAUGUUCUUAAAACAGAAGUGCAGUAACAUCUCAAAAGGAGACGAUAUAGAAGGUUUUCAGUGAUUCAGUGCAUUUUGAUGAUUGAGUAGUUUCUGAAGACGCGUCUCCAGCUGAGCAGCCACCAGUCUGCGAUGGACGGACCGUUUCGACAGAAGCUUUGUUGUUCGUAGCUUGUGUCAAGUCGUGCUGUUAUUCUUCUGUUAAAAAUCCUGACCAGCCAAUCAGGAUAGAAGAAAGCAGCGUGAGUGACAAAGAUAUGGAUUGAGUCACUGAAUUAAAGGACAGAUUACAAGUGUGUUGCUCUUAAAGGUAACAUGCAUAACAACCGAACAGCUUUUGCUCAUAAAAUUAUUUUAUACUGAAAAAUAUUUCUCUAUAUGGAGUUCAGUGUAUUACAUGGCAUGACUGGACUUGUUCUAUGUGUUAAUUAUCCCAAAUAGGACCCGAGUAUUUUAAGUGAAGGUCGUCUGAUCCUCAUUCAUGACAGCGCCGCUCUGUUUCAUGCUCUUCCUGGCAUUAUCAACAUCUCAGGGCUUCACAUUCACAAUCACAGCCACCAUGGGCCGUCACACCGUCUUCCUCACAGACUUAAAACCAUGCGAGUGCUGAUGAACAAUCAGGUCAGUGUGUGUUCUUCGAGGUUUAGCAGAUGAACGGGAUGAUCUUCAGAAAAACACUUCAUUUUAUACGUAGUGUAUAACAUCUCAUUCUAGCACAUGCCAUCUACAAUAAAUAAAAUCCCUCUGCUCACACCCUACUGUACGUGUCCACGCAGACCCUCCAAUUGAUCAUGUUUUGAGUGUAAUAAAUACAUCUGAAGGAGGGGGGAAUGUGUACUAUAUUGUCACCCACUGUCUGAUUUCAACAUAUCUAAAAAUACAUGUGCUAUAUAUUGUUAAUCUUGUAAGUAAGAUAGCGUGUCAUGACAUAGUAAAAUGCAAAAUAAAUGUACACGCUAACUUUGUCCAGAGAAACGUUUGUUUUAUUUAUUUCUGUAUGCCUAUACUGUAUCGUCAACAUGAUUAUGUGAAGAAUCACAGUUCUGUAUAUAUAGACUCAUCACUAUGCUGUAUUGUAUGUGAACCAUUGUGUUGUAGUAAAAACAUCAAUAAACUUGUAGAAAGGA